UGUGCUCCACACAGCUUCACUGGACAGCUCCGGAGUGCUGAAAUCCAACGCUAGAACGGCUCCAACAAUACCUUUUUAGUUUACAAAAGCCAAACACGGGAACGCGAUGGAGGGGAUCUCACGGAAACUUUUUCUACUCUCUUUCUUACUUCUGGAAGGGUCUACCCAAGAUUUCGGACAGACCCAGUUUAUUUGUACGUCCGUGCCCAAGGAUAUGGACUUAUGCACGGCCACUUUGCAAAACAGCGGACCAGGGGACGACUUGAAGACGACGGUCAUGCAGCUGAGGGAGACCGUGCUCCAGCAAAAGGAAACCAUCAUGAACCAAAAAGAAACAAUCAGAGAACUGACUUCAAAGUUGGCUAGAUGCGAGGGCCAGAGUAUCCCCGAGCCCGGGGACUCGCGAGCUGGGGGCAGGAGAAAAGAAGCGGGUUCCAAAAACACCAUGGGGGAUGUAUCUAGGGGUCCAUUGGAUAGGCCUACAAUCGUGCAACUGGAACAGACUUUAGAGACACUUAAACAGAGGCUUGAAAACCUGGAGCAAUUCAGUAGAACCAACAAUUCAGCUCAGACGAAUAGCCUGAAAGACCUUCUCCAGAACAAAAUUGACGACAUGGAGAAGCAGGUUCUGUCCCGGGUCAAUACUUUGGAGGAGAGUAAACCCGGGCAGAGGAAUGAGACCGACCAGCGCGGCAGAGUGGAAUCGACCCUCACCUCACUGCACCACAGAAUCAACGACUUGGAGAAAGGCCAGAAAGACAACAGACCCUUGGACAAGUUUCAACUGACCUUCCCUUUGCGAACGAAUUACAUGUUUGCCAAAGUGAAGAAGAGCCUGCCUGAGAUGUACGCCUUCACAGUGUGCAUGUGGAUCAAGUCCAAUGCGUCUCCGGGCGUGGGCACCCCUUUCUCAUACGCCGUUCCGGCGCAGGCCAACGAGCUGGUGCUCAUCGAAUGGGGAAACAACCCGAUGGAGAUACUCAUCAAUGAUAAGAUGGCAAAAUUGCCCUUCCUUAUUAACGACGGGAAAUGGCAUCACAUCUGCGUCACGUGGACCACACGCGACGGGGUGUGGGAAGCUUUCCAAGACGGAGUGAUGAGGGGAAAUGGAGAGAACCUCGCGCCAUACCACCCAAUCAAACCCCACGGUGUCCUCGUGCUGGGACAAGAACAGGACACGUUGGGAGGAGGUUUUGAUGCGACGCAAGCUUUUGUCGGCGAGCUGGCGAAUUUCAACAUGUGGGAUAAGAAGCUUACGUCCGGAGAGAUUUAUAGCUUGGCCACGUGCAGCAACAAAGCGCAGGUGGGCAACGUCUUCGCGUGGUCGGAGACCAGCAUCGAGGUAUACGGCGGAGCCACCAAAUGGACAUUCGAGCCGUGCCGUCAGCUCAACUGAACUGCAUAACCGCAAAGAAAAAAAUAAUAAUAAAAAUAAAAAGCCAAGCAGAAAUGCGUAUUUCCAAGCCUCUGUCGGUCUAGUCUUCAUUUUACUGUUGAUUUAAAAAGAAAAAAAAAAGAAAAAAACCGAGAUGUUUAUUUAAGAUUUAGCGCAAAACCGGGGUUUCUAUAAAUAUUUAAAUAUUAUGUGCAAAACACGACAAUGUUUUGGUCUUGGUUUUUUUUUUCCCUUUCAUUUUGUCUUGGAAACUUCGGUGGGACAGUGCUGAUUUUGAUUCCUUUUUAAAUCGGACUUUAAUUUGCAAGCGCAAUGUCUGACUGACUGGAACGUCCAGCUCCUCCGUGUAUACGGAGCUGCAGCUUGGCGACCGAAGCCUUACAUGGGACAGCAAUUAUUGCAACACAACCUGGAUUUACGUCACUUCCCUCAGAAAUCGGGGGUCAGGCAACUGUCCUGGCACUCGUCUUUGACCAAUCCAAGGACAUUUGUAAAUCGAGUUUAAUUCUUGCCCCAACCCCCCCCCCCCCAGAAAAAAAACUUCCCUUUCCUGGAACUUGCACUGUGACUGACAAGUGAAUCAGAAAUUACAUGGAAUGUAGAAGACAACGAGAGAGAGAGAGAGAGACAGAGAGAUUAAUUUAUUGUUAUCAUUAUUUGCUUCGUGUUUCUGUAAGAAUGUUGUUAAUUGCCAACAUGUUACAAGCCUGGGUGCCUUGGGCUGGUGCAAAGAUUCAGCACAUUCGUUAUAAUUUGCUUAUUGUUUGUACUUAUUUAUUUUGGAAGCAAAUUCUUCUUCUAUUAAGUGUAUUUAAUAGCUAUUUGUUAAAGGACAUGAUGUGUUUUUGGCAGGUGUUUGUAUUCUGUAUUAGGAAUGUUAUCUGUACAGUAACAGCAUGAAAGGUAAAUGCUGCGACAGCAUCGAUGAACUCUGCUUUUACUAUCCCUCUGGGUUGGGGUUUUUUACUGUAUUGUUAUAUGCUCAAAGCAUGGCAACACUGAAAGAUUAAAAAAGAUUUAAUUUUUGUAAUAAAAUUGUGAUAUAUAAUAACCAGA